AGCGUAGCGACGCAGUCCACUAGCCAUGGCAAGCACAGAGAGCACCUACAUCCUCGAUAGACGAGAAUCAGUCAAGAGUGAUGACAGCACUGACACAAAGCAGCUCGUGCUGGAGGACAACUCUCCCACUCAGGAAACGAGCAGUUUAUUACAAACAAGCUUCAACUACAUCAACAGCAUUAUUGGAUCUGGAGUUGUAGGAAUCGCGUACGCAUUGCAGCAAGCUGGCUUUGGAAUGGGACUCAUUCUGCUAGUAAUGUUUGCGGCUAUCACGGAUUACUCUCUGUGCAUUUUAAUCAAGGCUGGCAUUAGCACAGGCACCUCAACAUAUCAGGACCUUGUUCAAGCUGCCUUUGGCCUGCCAGGCUUCUACGUCCUCACCUUCAUGCAGUUUAUUUAUCCUUUCAUUGCUAUGAUCAGCUACAAUGUAAUAAUCGGGGAUACAGUCACAAAGGUGCUCCUGCGAGUUUUCAGUGUGUCACCUGACAGCAUCCUCAGCAACCGCCAUUUCAUUGUUAUCAUGGCCUCACUGAUUGUCACCCUGCCUCUUUCCCUGCACAGAAACAUAUCAAAGCUCAACAAGGUGUCGUUGACAUCACUAUUAAUUAUCCUCGCCAUCCUGACUUUCGUGAUUGUGCGGUUGGGAAACUUUGUAGGUGUUGUGCCCACUUCUCCAGAAUCUUACGCGUUUGCCAACAGGGGCAUCACAAAGGCUAUUGGUGUUAUCGCAUUUGCAUACAUGUGUCAUCACAACUCGUUCCUGCUAUUUGCUGCUCUGAAAGACCCAACUCAACGGCGAUGGAACAAGGUGACCCACAUCAGCUUAUCCCUUUCCUGCGUCAUCAUUGUGCUCUUUGGCAUCUGUGGUUACGUCUCCUUCCAUGUCUACAGCCAAGGAGACCUUUUUGAAAACUACUGCAAAGACGAUGACCUUGCCAAUGUGGCUAGGCUACUUUUCACCCUCACUAUAAUGCUGACAUACCCCAUCGAGUGUUUCGUCACGCGGGAGGUUCUAGACAACGCAUUCUUCGUGACUAGGUUUCCAUCGAACCUGGUGCGGCACAUUAUCAUGACAUUGUUUAUCGUACUGACAACUUUCGCUUUUUCAACGCUGACUGACUGCCUUGGCAUUGUCCUUGAACUCAAUGGCGUUCUGGCUGCCAUACCGCUGGCUUACAUCCUUCCGGCUGCCACGUACCUAAAGCUGGAAAACGGGCCCCUGCUCUCGUGGACCAAGUUUCCAGCGCUCAUGCUGGCGGUCUGCGGGGCAGCGGUUGCAAUCUGCGGCACCGUGGUAGCCAUCAUCGACAUCAAUGCUGGGAUCAGUUGCAGCCACGGAGCUGACAUGCCCUACUGCACUGUGCCAGCGGCGAACAUCACCAUUUAGAAUGCAGUGACUGUGCGCCUUGUUCUUGUGCUGCGGCUGCACGCUGUACGAAGAUGUGUGAUGGAUCUCUCCCAGCGCGAGGCGAUUGAUGAGUUGGCUGAAAAAAGAUAAAAAGUAAGUGAGAACUGUAAACCUUGAGCUGUAGCAACGUGGCAACCAUAAUCUGAACUAGUAACUUAGCUGAAACGAUACAGUAUCCAUGACAAAAAAAAGUUGUGGCAAGGAAUACUUGUUGUCGAAAUCUGUUUUUUUACGCAAGGCGUUCAUUGAGUGUACUAAGAUGGGCAGAGGAAAUUCUGCGAGACCAACAAAUGCUGCUGUGCCAUCUCUCUUCACAGCUAGCAGUUCUCUCCACUUCUGGGAACCCAUGGUGAGAAUUUUAAAAGGUUGUAUUAUGCCUGCAUUCUGUGGUAAAUGCUCCUACAGACACCCACCAAGAAAUAUGUUGGAAGCAUUGCGACUUGUACACAGCUAAACGUAAUGCUUAAAUGAGAAAGAAGCAGCACCUAUACUUGUACUUGGAAAAAAGAAAGCCUGCAGUGGAACCUCGCAGGAAAAAGGGUAGACCUUUGCAAAGACAGAUCAACAUACCAGCCGCUACCGACACUACUGAGCCGGUGAACUGCGUAUUUGCCGAGAUUUUUUUUUUUUUAGAAUGUUGUCAACAUGACCAUGUGGAUAUCAGGUGCAUCGGUUGUCUUGUUCCUCCCAAACAUGCAGGAGAGUUGUUACAAACAGAACACGUAAGGCAACACUUUCAUGAAAUGUUCAUUACCUUUUUUUUUUACACCUUUAUUCUAUCUAUAACAAACAUUUUUAAUUCUGGUGCAAAACGUGCACCUUGGACACAUGCAAGAAAAUCAAGUGAUGCGGAGGUGAAAUGGGGUACACAAGUGUUGCACCCCUGAAGCCUUAAAGAUUUUUUUUUUUUUGUGUGGAGCAGCUUACUUAGGUUCUUAGAAGAACAUCUAUGCCCAACACCACUCAGCCCAAUUUUUUUUUACUUACGUUGACAAUUCCAAAAUGCCAGCCGCACAGUGUAAAAAACUACCUUUUUUUUAUGCCUCCCUGGUAGUUUAUCUAUACUAACUAUAUUUUAUUAUCUUGACAAGUAUGAUUUGAAGGCCUCACACGAUGCAAACACAUCAAGUGUUCUUUUCUUUUUUUUUUAAUGAACGUUGAAGUAUGCCGGUGUAAUUUCCAAUACUUCAACUGCCACCGCGACGAGUAUGGGUGGGGAAACACUUUCGUCUUUCAUGCUUCACCAAUCAUGUUCAGCAACUGUUUGCGCGUGCCAUUUGUUGUUUUUCCCGCAAUGCAAAGAGUACGAACGAGGUUGUUUACCAAAGAGUUAAAGGAUGGUUGUGCAGUAAGCAGAGAUCUUGUUUGCGCCUUGUUACAGCUAUUCUUCUACGCUACUCGCCGUACAGGGCGGGGCAUUUACUACAGUUACUAGAGUAAGGUGCCUCCCUCUCGGGUGGCCUUUUUCUGCCCUUCUGGGCACACUGUACAUAGCGUGUAUAAUGUCUAUUUGAAAUAUACACUUUGCUCUUUGAUCACCCUGCAGUUGUUUCCCUCAUAAUUUUUCAAAGCCUAAGAUAUUUGGUGUUUUGGUGUUUACAAUUCAUUCUGCCAUUUAGUCGUCAGCACUCAAAUGAACGGAUGCCUUUGUGAAUGUACAGGAGUCUUCUGAGAAAGGGGCCACCUGUUUGCACACAAAUCGAGAAAGUGUUAAAGUGAAGUACUUCAACUAGUGUAAAAGAGUGUGGUCACAUUAUUUCUGAUUUAGUCACAGCUGGAGUGAUAACUGUGUGGUCUCUUUCAUACUGGCAUGCCCUAUACGUGGCAGCACACUUAAACCAAUGGCAGGGCACAAGGUACUAUUUUACAUCUACUUGUACUUGGCUACAAUUAAAACUCAAAUGUAUGAAUACUAUUUCCCUGGUACAUUUUGGAAAGAGAUGUUUGAGUAACUUUACUUGACUGUGCAUAGACAGUGCAUUUCUCUAGCGCAUUUACGACAUAUCCAAGAGCUUCUUCAGCCUACCAGAAGCAAGGGCUUUUGGCAUCUAUAUGCACAUAAUGCCCGUUUAGUGUUGUCAACAUUUUCUCCAAAGUUCAUUUUCUCUAUGUGCACGCAUACAUGCAAUGAGUAUUAUGCAGCUUUAUGUAUGUAUAUUUAGGUGUUGAAAGCAUGUGUAUAGAGAAAUUUGUUUGUGUCCAUUUAUUGUGUUAAAGCAACUUCCCAGGUCAACAUUCAUUGACAAAUAGGAGAACAAGGAUCCUCACUUUUUUAUUUGUGAAGAAGUUUCUCAUUUAGGGCUGGAGCAAGCUCGUCUUGUAUUUGAACUGAAGUUUAUCGUUAUGCACAAACUCUCGCUUCUCUGUACAAAACAGAUAAAUAAUUUGUUGCAAGUUACAACGAAAAAAAUUUAACUAGCGACAAGUGUGAUAUGGUGUUUGCCACUGCAAUGACAUGUUGUUGACCCCUGCUGUGCCAGCAAAAUAUCUAUUAGCACAUAACUGACAGGUUGUGAUGCGUGUAAUGUAGACGAAAAAUGUUGGUGCAAACAAAAUCAUGUGCGUUGCACAUACAAACAGUAUGUGCGUUGCACAUACUGCUUGUGCCAAAGCAAAGGGCCCUGCAAGAACAUUCGGGUGGUAUGCAUACUAGUGACAUAGGGAAAUUGUCUAGAGACGUGUAAUAAAAAGCUGCAAGACAAAAAAAUAAAAAGACAGCAUUUUCUAGGAAUGACAAAUCCACAGCUUCAAUCCCUGUUUCAAUCUUUUAUGUUGCAUUUCCAUCUUGCACAUGCUUGCCGCCAAUAGAGGCUGGCUUUGCCGCAUUGCCUAUUUGCUCAGUGGCAGAGCUUGCUCAAAUUUUCAAAAUCAACUUCAGGAGGGAGCAGACAACUUCAACUUCAGGGCAUACUUUACAAUGUAACAAGUGCCCUCUGAGACGGCUGAUUUGAAUAAGCGAACAUGUUAAUAUGUAUUCUUGCAAAUAUGUCACACACUUGGUUCUCCAUUUUCACAAAGGUAGGGGAACACAAUCCAUACGGUGAAAACUGUUUUUGGAGUAUGGUUGACUCGACUACCUCAAAAGUUGUGCGUGCUCAAAUGCAUGUGUUGGGAUCAGCAGGUAGCACAGUUUUUGCUCUUUAAUGUAGUUGGGUGCUAUUGUAUACUACUAAACCUAACUUUUGUAAGUACCGUAAUUUCAAAAGCAUCUAUGAAACAGGUGUUGCAAGUGAUAAAGGUUCAGAUGCAAGCCAAGUUCGCUCUCUCAAAACAGCCCAAAACCUUGUACAAACCACCUAUCAGUGUUUACAACCAAGCUUGGCUGAGCUGUUUUCUUGUUGUGCGACCCGACAGGACUUUUUUUCCCUUCAAUAUGUAUCUUAUACUACUUUUGUGUGCACAAGAUGUAGGUAUGUCUGCCUAUUAAGAGAUUUAAUGGCUCAAUGCAUGUUGUUGAUCCACUUCUUGGUAUGCCCUAUCUACACUGUUGAAAAUAUUGUGCGUUAACAUUAAACUUAUAUCAUUACACCACAA